AUGACGCUUAUUCUUGCACACGUCCACGCUCUCGAGUUUGUUUACAAUCGCGCAAAGCUUGAACGGGCCAGCGUCGUACUGGCCUCGUUCUCCUCCGUCGUAAUCUUGUGUCCCGAGUCCGGGUGGCUGGCCGACCGGCCAGGAGGUGGUGGCCUGAUGCUGGGCUCGAUUCCGGUAUUUGACCCAGGCUUGGGUGAAUACUUUUGUGAUAUGGGUACACCUGGUGCGGCGUAUGAGAACAAGUUGAAGAUUGGAGCCGCGUUGAUGACCCAAAGCGACCACGUGCGAGAUUGGGGGCGUGGAGAGCAGUCACCAAAGAAGGGCGACGUGAGGGACGAGUGUGAGUUCCACCGCUGA